ACGCCUUACCAAAUGUGGAGGCAUUCGUCGCCUCGGUAGUUAAUCAGUAACGUUAACUGAGCAGAAGUGAGACGAGGUUCGGUGAGACAGAAGCUAGCACAGCACUUAAGCUAACGUUAGCAACAGCACCGUCAGUCAAGUGUCAAUGGGUGUGGGUCGAGCUAACUUGGCUAACCAUGACAGGCACUUAACGGAGUGGGAACCUGAAGCCACCUAACUAUUUUUAAGCCACCGGAUCAGUCCGUGGCCCAUCAUGGCAGAUGAUGAUUUCACCACCGCGGACUCUGGGGCCUCUUCAACAUUCCCCAUGCAGUGCUCUGCACUGAGGAAGAACGGCUUUGUCAUGCUGAAAGGACGUCCCUGUAAGAUCGUUGAAAUGACUACCUCUAAGACUGGCAAGCAUGGGCAUGCUAAGGUUCACCUUACUGGACUUGACAUCUUUACCCAGAAGAAGUAUGAAGAUAUCUGCCCAUCUACACAUAACAUGGAUGUCCCACAUGUCACAAGGAAAGACUACCAGGUAAUUGGUGUCUCAGAGGGUUUCUUGACCCUGAUGGAUGACGGUGGAGAAACCAGAGAAGACCUUAGAGUGCCACCGGGUGACUUGGGCAAAGAAAUCGAGAAGAAGUUCGAUGAUGAAGAACAGUUUGUGGCUACUGUGUUGAGAGCUUUGGAUGAAGAGCAGGUAGUCGGCACCAAGGUCCUGACUUAAAAAGUCCAGGACAACGCUGGAGACCUCACACUCCUAUCUUCCGUAAUGGUUUUGAAGCUUCACCAAAGCUACUGGCCUUCACCCCACGUCUCCACCAGUUUCCCUGCUGGUCAACUGAAAUCUGGAAACUGGACUGGGUCAGCUUCUGCAACUGUAGCUUGAGCUCAGGGCUGACUGGCAUUCUCUUCAAUCAAUGAAGUUCUCUACACUUAGCUAUCACUGCUUAACUUUGCAAUGGGUACAGAUAUUCCAGCGAUCCAUAACAUUCCUCUUACAGAAUGGGUAAUAUGCUUUUUUUAAAUUCCUUUUUAAAUCAUUCAUAUUUACCAUUUUGUCUGAAUGGAAUGUGUAGCUUUUCAGUUGCCUUCAACUUCUCCCUUAUUAUGACUGAAGCUUCACUAGCUAACAUUACACCUCAAGCCAGCUCUACUCUACUCUAAUUCUCUAAUUCAGAGAACCUCAAGACAGUAACUUCAUUGAUAGCCGAAAUAUGCCUUUCUGCCUUUGACAAUUAACUCAUUUUGCAUUUGCAUUAACAUGCACACUUAAAAUUGACAUAUACACAUGCCUCAGCAUCCAUGAAUUUGUGAGAAUGAUAAAACCCUCUGCGCGUCAACUGCAGAUCUUGCUUUUCUAGCAGGGAACUCUCUUGUCUCUGCCGUUCUGAAGCAGAACAGGCCUAGACAGGGGUGGUUAGGUGGGUCCAUUUUCUCUUCUAUGCUAUAAAACUUUUUCCCUUUUCACUUGAGGCCUUUUUAUGAGCUGACAAAUGUAUAGAAAAGGAUUUUGAGAGAACAAAAUACUAAAUAGCUUUAUUAUUAUUAUCUUAAAACAAUGUUGCUCAAAAGCUCAAUUUCAACAAUUAAACAAACUUUAUUCAAAACAAAUUUUACAUUAUCACAAUGCUAAAAAUAACGGCGACUUUUUGGCACGCAAUAGUAGAAACCAUAUUAAGUCCUGUAUGAUGCAGCCAAAUGUAGGUGGUAGUAAUGCUCUGGGUUGACAGUGGUGUCCAAGAAAAGGAUAGAUGAGUGUUACUGUUGGUCUAUAUUUUGGGUUGUUGGUGGGGGCGUGGAGGGCGAGUAAUUGUUGAAGGUAAAUUUAGGGGUGGCAGGUUUGAUUGCAAUUUAAUAGGAUUUUUUAGGGUUUUGUGCAGAGUUUGCACUGUACAAAGAUUGUGGCUCAUGCUGAAUUUUUGAUGUUAGUUUUGUUUACAUUCACACAGAAAUCUUACUGGGAGACAUCACAUAAUGGCAGGAAAUCAGAAUGUGUUAAAAUGCACUGCAUUAAAGGACCAGUGUGUAAGAUUAAGGAGGAUUUGUUAGCAGAAAUUGAUUAUGAUACUCAUAAGUAUGUUUUAAUUAGUGUAUAAUCACCUAAAAAUAAGAAUUGUGUUUUCUUUACCUUAGAAUGAGCCCUUUAUAUCUUAAGAGCAAGCAGAUCCUAUUCCCAGAGCCAGCCAUGCUGCACUGGCAUGUUUCUGCAGUAGCCCAGAACGGACAAACCAAACACUGACAUUAGAGAGGGCCAAUGACGUUUUUCGUGAGUUUCGCGGCCACCAUAGCUUCUUUGACCAGCUUGGAAGGGAGGGGUUGGGGCUACAGCCUCACCCCUAGAUGCCACUAAAUCCUACACACUGGUCCUUUAACAUGGUUACUGUUCAACCUGCAUUUACAUGCAGCUGGUCAGUUUUCCCUCUACCUCCUACCGUAAAUUUAAACUGAGUGGAAUAGUUUAAGUGUAUUAGCAAUGUAUAUUAGCGCUGCAGCCUGAGUGUUUUUUUUUUUUUUUUUUUUUUUUUCUAAUCUGAGCAUUUGGACUGAUGGUGCAGUGAGAGCCCAGCCGCUAGAGAAGAAGCCAGUCUUUCAAGAGUGCAUGUGUUAAAAAUGUACAUGUAUCCUGCUGUUCAGCUGUGGAAAAUACUUAUUUAGACUUUUAUUUUAAUGUAAGUUUCAGUCUGACUUUGGAUUUUGGCCGCAAGGAUGCACUACGAGUUAUACGAUCUUUCCGCCUUCUGCACAGCAAUAACUUUCCUAUUUGAAGUCUUGUUCGUGUGCCUGUGCUCUUGUUAGAAACCCAGUUAAGUGUAUACAUUGUCCAGAAAUCAGAUUUCUCCAGCUGAAAUCCUUACCCGCAGUAAGGAAAGUGUUUACAUGAUGUUAUGACAUCAGGUUACUGCAAAAAGCUGACAAUAAUCCAGUUACUAAAGUGCAUGUAAAUGCACUGAUUGUAAUGUUGACAUUGGAAGGUAUUAUGCUCAGCUGUCAAGUUGUCCUUUUGUACAACGGCAGCCAGUCUGUUACAUAAUAACUGUCUUCAGUCCACCUAAAGUAUUCUUUACCUUUAUCAAGACACUAUAGUAGUACACUGUUGUAGUGUGGAUCUUUUUUUUUUUAAUCAUUUCCCCCUUGUGUUUUCCCUGAAUAAUUACGUUAGGUUAUGUUGGAUACACCUCAACCUGAGUUUGUUAUUCACAAAGAGAAAUGGGCCGAAAGAGAAUGUGGAAAACAACCUGUCCCGUGCAAAUUUCCGCCAAUGGCAUUUGCGGUAGUAACAAGGCUCUAGAGAUGUUCAACUUGUUUGCUCAGUGAGCCAACACACAGUGUAGCGUUGUGCUCUGUCAUUAUUUUGGUUGCAAACAUGCCAUUGUGCCUGCGAAAAGAAGAAUUUGUUUCUAGUAUACAGUCUCCUUAAAUAUUUGUCUAGAUUUCCAAAAGUAUCCUAAUCCUUAGUUUUCAUUUCUGAAUAUCAGAAAGAGUGCAAUUCAGUACUGAUGGUAUGAAGUUUCUCUGCUAAAUUGGGUUUCCCUCCAUCUCCACAGCCCCAACAGAAGACAGCAGUCUUCCUUAAGCCAUAUUUGUACCCUGUUACAUGUGUCUAUAACUAAGGUCAGAAGCAUGAGAAUGGAGUCCUUUCUUACCCUCAGUUUCCUCCAAUCAUUAACUACUCUAGCCUCUCAUAUGUAGCAUGAGCCACUACCACAUGUCUCAUCAAUGAUCCUCUUGUUUUUUUAGCUAUCUAAAAGUUGUCCCUCAUGUGGAGACCAUUUGGAGGGGGGUGGGGGAAUUCCUCUGAUUCCCUCUUGAGAAAAUGUUUACACUGUUGGGGAGAUGGCCCUGUUAAUGUUAGCUUCACACGCUGAUCUAGGAUCAGUCUGCUAGCAAUACAGCUACAAAAUGUCUGAGGUCUGUGUCAUGAGGGCAGAUUUUCUCAGGGCACUAAAUGGAGUAUUAGAUGUGUUACUUUAACACUGUCAGCUGUUACAACAAUAAAUAAGACUAUUAGCAUUGUUUUUAUUUUGAUUCUUUUGUCUCAAAAACCUAUUCUGAUAUUGGAAAAUAAUGUUUUUUUUUGUUUGUUUUUCCUCUCUUGCACCUCUCAUCAGAUAUUUUGAAUUUGAAAUUGAAUAAUUUUCUAUCUCUCUCUCUCCUUAACUGCAAGGAACAGUGUUUAAUUUGAAUGUUUAGACCACGGGUACAGUAUAUUAUGUUAAAACAGGGAAUGUAUGAAUUACACAGUCUUGUAAUACUGUAUGUUCCUGAUGUUUGCUGGGGAAGGGACUCAAGUGCACUUCUCCAGCUUGGCACAGGUGUCUUUUUCACCCAUUAAUGUCUGAUCAUAACAGUUUCCAGGGGAAAUCUGACAUUGAGCUUCUUCUGGAGCAUAAAGAUGCAUUUUAAAAGGACUUGGGCUCCUAUUUACUCUGUUCUAUCUAAUGUAUGGCUGCUACCUUCAAAAAUCACGACUGUCUUUCUGUUUUUAUUGUGUAGGCAAAAUAAAGUUCUUUCAAAUGUUA